AUGCGGAUUUCAGUCAGGCCCGACACCGCGUCCUCUUGGCUUUUGGGGAAAAUUGUUGUGGUUCUCCUCGUCGGUGGAGGAGUACGCGCUCAACCAUGGGGAGUGACACAGGACGUCAAUAUCGUUCCCAAUGUGUUUGAGAAAAACGCUCCAACUGCGAAGGCUGUGGUGGACUUACCGGAGAAAUACGACUACAUCGUAGUUGGCUGCGGGGCCGCUGGUUGCCCCAUUGCCGGAUAUCUGGCUAACCAAGGCCACCGGGUACUGCUGCUUGAACGAGGACGGCUCCGAUCCCAUGAAAAUACGCCUCACGCUAUGGACAUGUACGGUGCGGGGAUGGGCAUCGCCGAUCCAAGUAUCAGCCAAACUAUCGCAACGCGAAAUGGUGUUCGUACACAUGUCGGCGCGGUUAUGGGGGGAGGCACCUCCAUCAGUCUUGGCAUUUACAUAGAGGAGCCUUGGUCAUUCUUCGACUACCUCAAUCGUGCAUACAACGCAGGAUGGGAAGAAUCAUUGUUAAGAAAAGCGCACACGGAAGUGAAAAAUAUUUUCGGGGAUGACGAACGUCAGUACGUGACACCGAAUGAUACACCAUUCGGAACGGCCGUGGGAGGCGCCUUGCGGCGACAGGGAUACGAACCCCUGGGUGGUCGCCUGCCCGCUCAACGCUCUCCAACGCUGAAGAUGGGCUACCAGUGGAAUGCGUACUCGCAAUUUAGCAACAAAGACGGCUUCCGCAUGACCUCCGAUUUCUUCAUUUCCAAAGGAUACGUUAAAAAAGAGUUCCGGAAGCAUCUAACUGUCAGAGAAGGCAAUUUCGUAGAACACGUCGAGUGGGAUAGAGAUGCCAAUGGUCCCAUAGCCAGAUGCGUGAUAUACCACAAGACACGACAGAAGGACACCAAAGGGGUCGGUCUUGUUGUCCAGGUCCCACCUGCUUCGAGCAGCGCAAGGUUCGGAGAAUGGGUUGGUACCCUGUUCGACGCCACCUCCGCGGUCGUUGACGCAAGCGACUUCCUCCCAGGGGCCACUCUGCAGCCCACUGAUAGAACUAUAUGGCGCAGAGCUUGCAUAAGGGACAACGACGCAAACAGAAUCAUAAUUAGCGCCGGCGCUAUCCAGAGUGUUACCCUACUUUACAGAUCUGGUGUGGGUCCUUUGCCGCAGCUCCGUCAAAGUAGGGUUCGGCCAGUGCUGGAAGUCCCCACUCUAGGCCAAGAAUUCAUUGACCGGGCAUUCGUGACGUUAAACUUCUUUCAAAAACACUUCGCAGAUAAAAUAGAACCUAUUCCGAAAGCUCCCCUUGGAAUGAUGGAUACUGCUGAUCGCGGAUACCCCCUCGGAUGGGACCAUCCAAGUGACGUGCGUGACUUUCAGGGUCUAAGCCCUCGUGGGAAUGUCUCUUCACGCAGCAAACAAGCAAAUCACGGAUCUGCAGGUAACCGCCUUUCCGAUGCCAGCGAUCCAGCCAGCGAGUUUGGUAACAGCAAGUUUCCUUCCCUCGGUCGUCGCGUAGAUUCGACGUCACACACCGACGAUUAUUCGACAAAUACGAAAACCGAUAAAGUGAAGAGCUCACGCACAGGAACCUCUCGAGCUAUAAACUUCAUCUUCCCGGCUCCAGAUGAACCCGUUGCCCCUCAGCUGACGGGUGGCCUGAAAGACCCCCUGUUCCCGUGGUUUGGGGAGCUAGAACCGCCGCGCCUCUGCCAAGCUACUGGGAUUCGGCUGCUUGGUCCUACCUGCCCCCGGAACCCCAACGAACUCACUCCCCCCGCACCAGCGGAACCCUUUCUGUUGCAGUCUACCAGCUUAUCUUGUUCAGCAGUGCCUAUUGGCCACGUCAGCGGCGGUCGCGUCGCGGAAGGGGUGAUCUACGCGACGAGGUUUAUUUUACCUCCGUUACUGCGUAAUGACCCUGCAGCAGAUGCUAUAUUUGAGACCCUCCAAGCGUGUUCUGAGCAUCGGGACCCCUUCGGCUUGACGCUGCUGAAACCCCUCUGUGCAAUUGCAUACCCCAUUAUCAAGUGUUUCCGGAAAGUGUACGCGAACUUCUACUAUACGGCUCAGCCGAAAUCACGAGGGUCAGUGCGAGUGAAAGAAGAUGGCCAGCUGGACGUCAAUAGUAACCACCUUCAACAUGAGGCAGAUAUAUUCGACGCCGUCCGUGGCGUAGCCACUCUGCUAAACAUCGCAAAUCAGGACACUUACCGCAAAGUGGUACAGGAUGCUCAGGUCUUUUCAUGUCCAGCGACAAUAUUGAACGGCUUCCUCGAUAUCCUUACCACAUUGGGUAGUACGUCAGCAGUCUUCAUGACAAAGCCAACCAAUUUCUACUUGAUGCAGAACCAUCUUCAAGAUCUUGUUCCCCCCCAGCAUAGAAGACUCAGACGCAUUGUGAAACUUGGAGAGGGAGUGAGACCUCGCAAGCUCCAGGCUCUUGACGUGGACGGGGAGCUCCAAGAAGAAGGACCGGGGACUGCGUGCGAGUUCGAAGACUAUAGUCCCCAUAUAGUGGAGGAUCUCGAUCUGGAAAAGAUGGCUGCAGUCGGCAUAAAGUCUCAUCUUAAGGACAUCGGUUUCGAUUUCGAGUCCUACGUCAGUCACCUUGAGGGGCGAUCGCAAGAAGCGUGCAACACGGCAAGAUCGAGCGUGUUCCUUUCCUCGUCGCGGCAUCAAGGAACAGAAAACUUCUUUUCCACAAAUACGGCUGGCACGCCGUUCUCAAGUGAAACCAGCACACGACUUCUUAGGUCCAAAGCCGAGAAAGCGGAAGGAAUUGACCAACUCGCAGAAGCUGUUGAAGCGUGCAAGAUGGGCUGCCCUCGGCUGACUGACAGGAUCUUCGACGGUUUCUGUCCCGCGGCCGACGUCUGUUGCACUGUUUUCGGCAACUCUAAAUGUACCACCACGCCCGACGAAAAGAAACAAUUAGUGGAGGGGUUACUUCAAUCUGGCGCAGACUCGACACACACGAUAGACCGCUCGCCUGGUACCCCUUUGCAAAGAUCCUUCGGACAGCCUUCCACUGGAGAGCAGUGGGCAGCUACCUUCCCCCCUCUGCUACCAAGACCACAGGACCCGAAAGCCGUCGCGAAAUACGCUCUCACCUAUAUGUCGAGUAUCUGGCACCACGCCAACACGGUUCCGAUGGGGAAGGCUGUAGACAAUAACUUCGACCUCAUCGGCGCCAGGCGACUCUCCGUGAUCGACAGUUCUGUCUUGAACGAAUUACCUAGGAUGAAUCCCUCUGCCACCGUGAUGCUGCUAGGCAUAUACGGCGGAAUGGUGAAGCAAAGACAGAGGAUGCUCAGUUGA